CGUCCCCCUCGACCUCUCCACAUCCUGGUGCUGCACGCCCCACGGUCUCGGCGGCCACGCCCCACACUCCUCGUCCUCGUCCUCCUCCUCGCACCCCUCCUCCCCGGCCCGCGCCGCCGCCCAUCACAUGGACCCGCCGCCCACCAGCUCUACCGUGGCCUCCUCCUACGCCACUCCGCCCCAGCCUUCCUACGCGCCCUCCUACCCUACCAGCUACACCAAGUUCAACUCCGCGCUCAACGCGGGGUUGCUCAAUCCCAUGUCCCCGCCGCCGCUGCCACUUGACAAGACGCGCUCCAGCCCCACACUCUUCGACAUGAUGGCCAACGAGCAGGACUACCACCCCCGCACCGCCGCCGGCAUCCACUCCAUCCCCGCCCCGCCCCAGCCGCACCAGCUCCCGCCCGCGCGCUCCAUGGACAGGCAGAUGCUGCUCCAGGACCGCAUCGCCGACCUCAUCGGCAGCUGUAGCCCCGGGAACCAGUUCAACGACGCCGACUCCUCCGACGUCCGCCUCACCCUCAGCUCCAAGGACGGCCUCUCCGUCACGCUCUGCGUUCACCGCCACAUACUCGUCGCGCACAGCAGGUUCUUCGCCGCCAAACUGUCCGACCGCUGGUCCAAGCAGCAGCGAACGCUGCCGCACAUCGUCGAGAUCUCCGACUGCGACGACGUCGAGGUGUACGCCGAGACGCUGCGGCUCAUGUACUGCAAGGAUCUCCGCCGGAGGCUGAUGCGGGAGGAUGUGAACAAGGUCCUUGGCAUCCUGAAGGUGUCCGCAGCCAUUGUAUUCGAUGCCGGGGUGUUGUCUUGCUUGGAGUACUUGGAGGCUGCGCCUUGGGCUGAGGACGAUGAUGAGAAGGUGGCUACAUUGUUGACGCAGCUGCAUCUUGAGAACUCCGGGGCUGGGGAGGUGCUUAAAAGGGUGUCACUGGAAUUGGCCCCUUCGGCAUUGGUUGAAGAGGCAGAUGAAGGAGGCAGCUGCAACGGUGGCAAUUCCAGUGGUGGUGAGGAGGUAUUGCUGAGGCUCCUGCAAGUCGUUCUGGAAGGGAAGGACGAAAAGGCAAGGAGGGAGAUGAAGGGGCUAGUGUCCAAAAUGCUCAGGGAGAACAGCACAUCCCGUGGUGGAGCAAUUGGUGGCGACCUUCGCAAGGAAUCGCUCUAUUCUGCGUGCAAUGGAUGCUUGUCCCUGCUGUGCGAGCAAUUUGUGAGGGCUUCAGAGGGUGAUCACUCAGAGGUGGCGCGGAUCGCAAGGCAGGCUGACAACCUGCAUUGGAUGCUUGACAUCCUUGUUGAGCGCCAGAUCGCGGAGGAUUUCUUGAGGACAUGGGCAACGCAGACUGAGUUAGCGGCGAUGCAUCGUAAAGUGCCAGCGAUACACCGCUACGAAGUGAGCCGAGUGACGGCAAGACUCUUUGUUGGGGUUGGCAAGGGUCAGAUCUUGGUGUCCAAGGAGGCCCGUUGCCAGCUCUUGAGCACCUGGCUAGAGCCCUUUUACGAGGACUUCGGAUGGAUGCGGCGAGCAUGCAAGGGGCUUGACCGGCAUUUGAUCGAGGAUGGACUGGCAAACACAAUCCUGACGCUGCCUCUUGCAACUCAGCAGGAGAUCCUUCUGGCAUGGUUUAAUCGGUUCCUCAACUCUGGGGAGGAUUGCCCAAACAUUCAGAGAGGGUUUGAGGUGUGGUGGCGGCGGGCAUUCUGGAAAAGGAACUCUGAGCCAGAACCACCAUCCCGUUUGAGGAUUACUGCGAUCUGCGAGAACUCUUGAUGACGACGGUUCAUAUUCGACAUGGAAUGUGGCGGAUGUUGUGAUAUAAUUAUUGAUUUUCUGUGAUAUGUAGUAGUGUCUAGCUGUUUCUCAGUUUUUUUUUGUUAUGUCUGAUUAGGCAGUUAGCCAAUUACACAUGUCAUCUUGAUCCUGUUUCAAUGCAAUGUAUACCAGGUACAAUGUACU